UUGAAUGGAUGAUUCUCACCACCAUCAUUGCAAACUGCAUCGUCCUGGCUCUGGAACAGCACCUUCCCGAUGGAGACAAGACGCCUCUGUCCGAACGACUGGAGGAGACAGAGCCCUACUUCAUAGCCAUCUUCUGUUUCGAGUCUGGAAUAAAGAUCCUGGCUCUCGGUUUUGCGUUACAUAAGGGCUCCUACCUGAGGAACGGCUGGAACGUCAUGGACUUUGUAGUUGUCCUCACCGGUAUUUUGUCGUCAGUGGGGUCUACGUUUGACCUGAGGACACUGCGAGCUGUCAGGGUGCUGCGACCCUUAAAACUGGUGUCUGGAAUUCCAAGCCUGCAGGUGGUGCUCAAGUCCAUUAUGAAGGCUAUGAUCCCCCUGCUGCAGAUUGGUCUCCUCUUAUUUGUGGCCAUCCUCAUGUUUGCCAUCAUUGGCCUGGAGUUUUACAUGGGACAGUUCCACAAGACUUGCUAUGAUGAUGUUACAAAUGAGACUGCAGAUGACAGGCCGUGUGGUACUGCAUCGCCAUCCCGGCUGUGCGCCAAUGGCACGCACUGUGGGGAAGAGUGGAUUGGACCCAACUACGGGAUCACCCAGUUCGACAAUAUUCUGUUCGCCGUGCUCACCGUCUUCCAGUGCAUCACCAUGGAGGGAUGGACAAACAUGCUGUACCACAGUAACGAUGUAAGUGGCAGUUACUUUAAUUGGAUGUACUACGUCCCCCUCAUCAUCAUCGGCUCCUUCUUCAUGCUCAACCUGGUGCUGGGUGUACUCUCAGGUGAAUUUGCCAAAGAGAGGGAGCGAGUGGAGAACAGGAGCGAGUUCCUCAAGCUAAGGAGACAGCAGCAGAUUGAGAGGGAGCUCAACGGAUACCUUGAGUGGAUCUGUAAAGCAGAGGAGGUGAUUCUGGCUGAGGAAGAUGCUACAGGGAACUUUGAUGGUUCGAGGCGUAGGCCAACCAUCAAAACCAAAAACAACAAGACAGAGCUGCUGAACCCUGAGGAAGGAGAGGACAACAUUGGAGAUGCAGUAGGUUUUGCACGUUCCAGCAUAAAGAGCGGUAAGGAUGGCUCCAAUUACAGCAAGAAAGAGCGACGGAUGCGAUUCUUCAUCCGUAAGAUAGUGAAGACGCAGGCUUUCUACUGGAUAGUGCUCUUUCUGGUGGGCCUCAACACCAUCUGUGUGGCCGUGGUGCACUACGACCAGCCUGAGAUGCUCACUGACUUUCUCUUCUAUGCAGAGUUUGUCUUCCUCGGUUUGUUCAUGUCUGAGAUGCUGAUCAAGAUGUACGGUCUGGGCAUCCAGCCCUACUUCCACUCCUCAUUCAACUGCUUCGACUGUGUGGUAAUAGUCGGCAGUAUCUUCGAGGUUGUGUGGGCCACCAUAAAACCAGGCACAUCCUUCGGGAUCAGCGUGUUACGAGCUCUGCGAUUGCUCCGCAUCUUUAAAGUCACAAAGUACUGGGCACCCCUUCGAAACCUGGUGGUUUCUCUGCUGAACUCCAUGAAGUCCAUCGUCAGCUUGCUGUUCCUCCUCUUCCUCUUCAUCGUGGUCUUUGCCUUGUUGGGGAUGCAGCUGUUUGGAGGACAAUUUAACUUUGACGACGGAACGCCUCCUACUAACUUUGACACUUUUGCUGCAGCAAUCAUGACAGUGUUUCAGAUCCUGACAGGAGAGGACUGGAAUGAGGUGAUGUACUAUGGCAUUGAGUCCCAGGGUGGAGUGAAAGACAAGGGGAUGAUCUUCUCCAUCUUCUUUAUUGUCCUGACACUCUUUGGCAACUACACUCUGCUUAACGUCUUCUUGGCCAUCGCUGUUGACAAUCUGGCCAAUGCCCAGGAGCUUACAAAGGAUGAAGAAGAACAGGAAGAGGCAGCCAAUCAGAAGACAGCACUACAGAAGGCAAAGGAGGUGGCAGAGGUCAGCCCUCUGUCAGCUGCCAACCUGUCUAUUGCUGCUAAGGAGCAGCAAAAGAACCACACGAAGGGAAAUAAGUCGGUGUGGGAGCAGAGAACAAGUGAGAUUCGCCGACAGAACCUAAUGACGAGCCGCGAGGCGCUCUACAAUGAGCUGGAGCAGGAUGACUGGAAGGUGGGAGCGGAGGGAGAAGAGGCGUCUUACCCACGGAAAGGACGUGGUGACAUGAAAACCCACUUGGACAGGCCGUUGGUGGUGAACCCACAGGACAACCGCAAUAAUAACACCAACAAGACCCAACCUGGAGAACUGCCACUUGACCAGGAGUACCGGCGCCAGGACAUAGAUCACUGCCGCCGUGCCGCCCACUGCUAUCACUACAACCGCGAUCACCAUCAGAAACCCUUUGGGCCAGACAGCAGAGAGACAAGCCAGCUAUCAGAGACCCGUAUGGAGCACGGCUUCAGCUGCACAUCUCUGGGUAACGUGGAGGCGAGCGUAGAGGGUCGUCCAGGGGAGGAGAGGCACAGCCACCGGAGCCAUCGGGGCCAUCGGCACCGGAACAGGGAAGGCCGUGAAGCUCGCAGUGUUUCCCCCCACCAGAGUGAGGCAGGAGAAGGACAUAAUGAGCACAGGAGGGCCAGGCAGCACCGCAGGGCAGCAAGAGAAGGAGAGGAAGGCAGGCGACACCAAUCCAGGGGGACAGAAGGAGAGGGGGGGAAAAUCAUGGAAGGAGAAGGGCGGAGAGCAAGACGACAUCGACAUGGCAACCAUGAUAAGAGCAAAGGGCAUUGCAGAAGGGAACACCACAGUACUGGACCAAGCCUCUCUACCACCCGUCCUAUACAGCAGUAUAAUGAGGACCUGGACAACUUCCGCAACAACAGCAAGCUGGCCAAUGCCCACGAGCACCCUUACGCCGUACCACCAGAUCACCCUGACCAUCCUGACCAUGUCAAUAACCUGCUCAACUGCCGCGAUGCUGAUACCCACACGCUGCUUCACAGCAUGGACAGCUUGAUUCUCACUAGCAUGGUUAAACCUGACUACACAGCCAUAGAAAUGCCCCCUGUCUACCCUUACCCCUCGACCAACGCCAUCUUACAAGUGAACAAGAACGCCAACACCGACCAGAAGAAGAGUGAGGAGAAGAAAGAGGAGGAGAGCGAGGGCGGAGAUGAAGAUGGCCCCAAACCCAUGCCUCCUUAUAGCUCUUGCUUCAUAUUGUCCACCACUAACCCGUUUCGGAAGUGCUGUCACUACAUCCUGACUCUGAAGUAUUUUGAGUUCACCAUCCUUAGUGUCAUCGCUAUGAGCAGCAUCGCUCUUGCUGCAGAGGACCCUGUCAACCCUAAGUCACCGCAAAACGAUGUGCUGCGUAAUUUUGACUACGUUUUCACAGCAGUCUUCACAUUUGAAAUGUUGAUCAAGAUGGUGGUGCUGGGCUUGUUUCUCCACGAGGGAUCCUACUUCCGUGACUUGUGGAACAUUCUGGACUUUAUAGUGGUUAGUGGUGCUCUGGUGGCCUUCGCCUUCACGGGGAAUAACAAAAGUAAAGACAUCAGUACAAUCAAAUCCCUUCGUGUGCUGAGGGUGCUGCGACCUCUUAAGACCAUCAAACGUCUCCCCAAGUUAAAGGCUGUCUUCGACUGCGUGGUCAACUCUCUGAAGAAUGUGUUGAACAUCCUGAUUGUCUACAUGCUCUUUAUGUUCAUCUUUGCUGUGGUGGCCGUUCAGCUCUUCAAAGGUCGCUUCUUCCAUUGCACAGAUGAAUCCAAGGAGUUUGAGCGCGACUGCAGGGGCGAGUACUUGGUAUAUGAGAAAGAUGAAGUUAAAGCUGAAAAGCGGGAGUGGAAGAAGUACGAUUUCCACUACGACAACGUGGCUUGGGCCUUGCUCACCCUCUUCACCGUCUCAACUGGAGAGGGUUGGCCACAGGUGUUGAAGCACUCAGUGGACUCCACCUAUGAGAAUCAGGGCCCGAGCCCAGGUUACAGGAUGGAAAUGUCCAUCUUUUACGUGGUGUACUUCGUUGUCUUCCCCUUCUUCUUUGUAAACAUCUUUGUGGCUCUCAUCAUCAUCACCUUCCAGGAACAGGGGGAUAAGAUGAUGGAGGACUACAGCUUAGAAAAAAAUGAGCGAGCCUGUAUAGAUUUUGCCAUCAAUGCCAGGCCUCUGACUCGCCACAUGCCAAAGAACAAACUGAGCUUCCAGUAUCGUAUGUGGCAGUUUGUGGUAUCUCCGCCCUUCGAGUACAGCAUCAUGGCUCUAAUCGCGCUCAACACCAUCGUCCUCAUGAUGAAGUUCGAAGGUGCAUCGAUGGUCUACAAUAAUGUCCUGAAGAACCUCAACAUUGUGUUUACCACCUUCUUUUUCUUGGAAUCAGUGCUCAAGAUCAUAGCAUUCGGCCCUCUGAAUUACUUCAGAGAUGCCUGGAACAUUUUUGAUUUUGUGUCUGUCCUUGGAAGCAUCACUGACAUAUUAGUGACAGAAUUUGGGAAUAAUGCCUUCAGUUUGAGCUUCCUGAGGCUCUUCAGAGCAGCUCGCCUUAUAAAGCUGCUGAGACAGGGAGAGACCAUUCGCAUCUUGCUGUGGACCUUCGUCCAGUCCUUCAAGGCUUUGCCAUACGUGUGCCUGCUUAUUGCCAUGCUGUUCUUCAUCUAUGCCAUCAUUGGCAUGCAGUUGUUUGGGAACUUAAAACUAACUGAGGAUGAUGGAAUCAAUGAGCACAAUAACUUCAGAACCUUCUUCAUGGCCCUAAUGCUGCUGUUCAGGAGUGCUACGGGUGAAGCGUGGCAAGAGAUCAUGUUGGCUUGCCUGGAUAGGAAGGAGUGUGAUCCUGAAUCAGGGAAUGAUAAAAAAGAAUGUGGCAGCACCUUCGCUUACACAUACUUUGUCUCCUUUAUCUUCUUGUGCUCUUUUCUGAUGCUGAAUCUGUUUGUGGCUGUCAUCAUGGACAAUUUUGAGUACCUGACUAGAGACUCUUCCAUCCUGGGGCCUCAUCACCUGGAUGAGUAUGUAAGGAUAUGGGCCGAGUACGACCCUGCCGCCUGCGGGCGCAUACAUUAUAAGGAUAUGUACAGUUUAUUGCGAGUUAUCUCCCCUCCUCUGGGCCUUGGCAAGAAGUGCCCACAUAGGGUGGCCUGCAAGAGGCUGCUGCGCAUGGAUCUACCGGUUGCUGAUGACAACACAGUGCAUUUUAACUCCACGCUCAUGGCUCUGAUAAGGACAGCACUGGACAUAAAGAUUGCUAAGGGUGGUGCAGAUAAGCACCAGAUGGAUGCGGAGCUUAGAAAGGAGAUGAUGGCUAUCUGGCCCAACCUAUCGCAGAAGACACUGGACUUGCUGGUUACCCCUCACAAGGCAGCCACAGACUUGACGGUGGGCAAAAUCUACGCUGCCAUGAUGAUCAUGGAGUACUACCGGCAGAGCAAGACGAAAAAGCUGCAGGCCCUGCGAGAGGAACAGCGCAUGGAGCCGCCCUCUGAGGGAGGCGGCACGGACGGCCAGGGAGGCCAGGGCCAGAACGGCCUCUCCAGCACGCAGCUAGACAACAUCAACAGCAUACCUCCUGAGGGUGGCAUGACUGAGAGCCAGUCAUGGGUGACGGCCAAAGCCCAGGAAAUGUUCCAAAAGACGGGUAACUGGAGCCCGGACAGACCCUACCCCGACGACCUCCACGACAACCGUCACAACCCCCAGACGGUAGAGAUGAGGGAGAUGGGGCGGGACGGGUACUCCGACACUGAGCCCUAUCACCCAAUGGAUGGGCAUGGGCGGACCCUCUCCAUGCCCCGCCUCUCGGCAGACAACCAACGGAGGAGACACAGGCCUCGCGGAAAUAACCUCAGUACCAUUACUGACACAAGUCCGAUGCGUCGCUCCACGUCCAGCCUAGUUCACGGGCGUACAGGCAGGGGCGUGAGGCUGGACGACUACUCGCUGGAGAGGGUGGUGUCUGAGGAGGGGAGACAUGGAGGACGCAGGCACAGGGACAGAAGCCACCGCACCUCGCAGCGCUCCCUGACCAGAUACACCGACGCAGACACGGGCCUGGGCACAGACCUCAGCACCACCACACAGUCAGGUGAUCUGCCACCCAAGGAGCGCGAGCGGGACCGUGGCCGGACCAAGGACCGUCAUCACCACCAUCACCAUCACCAUCAUCACGGCUCUAUGGACAAGGAGCGGUACGGCCACGACCGCCACGACUACUCCCACAGGCAUCCCCACGACCGUCACUGGUCCCGGUCACCCAGCGAGGGGCCUGACGGACGAGGUCACAGACAGGGCAGUAGUUCGGUGAGCGGCAGCCCGGUUCCCUCUACCUCGGGGACCAGCACUCCAAGGAGAGGCCGCCGCCAGUUGCCUCAGACCCCUGCAGUCCCACGCCCACAUGUCACCUACUCCCCCGCGGUCCGCAAGCCCGGCUAUGGCCCCCCAGGGCCAGGUCGCCUGCGUUCACCCUCUCCACGACACUUCUCCCCUCCAGACCAUGACAGAGGCUACCACCACCGACCCCCGUCACGCCACGCCUCUCCCCACCACGGGGGCUCUUCAUCCCGGCAUGGUUCGCCACGCUCCCCUAGGCACCAGUCCCCGCGCUCGCCCCUCCACGGCUCACCCAGGUCGCCUCACCGAAGCCGCUGGAGCGGGCCUCCACCCGGGGACAGCCUGGAGGGUGACGGGCCUUUCUACGAGAGAGAUUAUGAGUAUGAGCGUCACCACGAGCCUCCCGCCUACGAGCAGAGCCUCUCCCACGGCAACCCUCACCCACAUGGAGGAAAUCCUCACCCACACCCACGUUCACCUAGGACUGCCCGCCACGGGCCUCCUCCACCCCCUCAACCGCAUCCACGCAGGGUACCCAAUGGUUACCGCUCAUCCUCACCUUCCCCACACCGACGGGGACCACCAGGGGUGCCGCCCCACCCACACCACCGGCCUGCCCAUGCCAGAGGGCCCCGCAAGGGCCUGCAUGAACCUUAUAGUGAGACGGAUGAGGAUGACUGGUGCUAGCAACCAUAAAGAGCUUGGGAUAUGGCAGGAGAGGAGAAGAAGAACAGCAGUCUCCAGUGCUCUGGCCUUGGAUAUGUAGACUAAAAGAAAAAACAAACAAAAACAAAAAACAAAACAGAGUGGUGGGAGGGGUUGGAUACCCUCAAAACCCUCUAC